CCUAUGUGUGUACCGCUUUCGUCUCCGGCAGUCUCCGGACACUCUCCAGCGCUCCUGAUAGAUAUCGCCUUCAUUUCUUAUGUUGCGACGUCGGUUGAGUCUUAUCUGGCUGAGGUUACAUGACACUGUAUAUCAUCUCUUGGUUUAAGUCCACGAGAAAACGAAGUGGAUAUCGAAUAUGAGUGGGCGAUUGUUACCAAUUUUAUUCGGCAUAUCCCUAACAACUUUCGGAUUGUCCAUGGCAGUUUUGUUGUAUGAUAUGCUUAAAAAGGAUGACGAUGAUACAACGAAACGUGGUCGGCUAGCAUCGUCCAAACGAAAGGAAAUCCGCGUAGAUAUUACGAUACCCAAAAAGUAUGUGCCGGCUGUUCUUGGUAGAAGUGGUGCUGUGAUAAAAAAUAUCGAGGAGUUAACCAACACACGCAUCAGACUGGAAAAGGAGAACUCGGUCCGCGAAGAGACCCUCCUUCACAUAUGGUCUGAUAUCAUGGAAAACAUCAUCACGGCGCAGGGCAUGAUACAAAGUAUAAUAGAAAAUCAACCUGCCAUCGAAACUUAUCAAAUGUGGGUUCCUUUCACAGCCAGUCUAACCAUUUUUGGCUCGAAGAACUUUGUUAAACAUGUACCAAAUGUUGGUUCAUGUGGCUAUGGCGUAAGAGUUAUAGCUCCGUCGCCGGCACAUAAAACCUCAAUUGGACUGCUGAGAAAGAUUGUAUUAACAGGAAGUGCUGAGGACAUGGCGCACAUAAUUGUCGACCUAGGCAACAUUAUUGAGGGAGAAUUCAGAGCACUAGCAUAUUACAGAGCACCUGACCAUCUUAGACGCAAAAUAACUAUAAAGUGUGUGCAUGGAAAAUAUGAAUUUCAAAAUAUGUUUGUAUACGGACUGCCAUGUCCAAUUUGCUUGACAGAGAUCGAAAAAGAUAUGUGUAUUAUACCACGAGUAGGAGAGAGAAUAAUAGCACAAGGUGCUAUUAAUAAACCUGUUGCUGAAUGCGAUUUACCAAAUGGGAAAGAAGCACUAGUAAAGGAGACUACUCAAAUGUACAAUGAAACUCAAGAGGCAUGUAAAACUGAAAUUAAACCAAGUUAUGCACUGGGAAAAAUAAAUGAUUCUUUAUUCGAUGAAAUUGCUCAGAAGUUUAUCGCCGAGUUCCGCAGGGUUGCAUCACAAUCUUCAGAAGGUCUUAUGCAUGUCCAUGUAACUGAGGUGGUAACACCAAACCUGUUCUGGAUUGUGCUUUAUGAUACAUACAUGGACAUACAGAUGUUAUCAUAUACCAUGUCAGAGUAUUACGAAAACGAGGAAAAUCGCAAGUUACGUACUGUGAAAGAGAUAAAGAUAGGCCAAUAUGUAGCAGCUAAAUAUAAUGAGGAUGACAGCUGGUGCCGUGCAGAAGUAGUAGGUUGCCUCGAUUCCUCCAGGUACUACGUCUUCUUCUUGGAUUAUGGGUACACGGAUGAAGUUGAUAAAAAAAAUUUACUCGAGCUCUGUACAGAUAUGUUGAAGUUGCCAUUUGCGGCUAUGGAGUGUUCGCUGGCAAACGUGAAGCCAAUAGGAGAUACGUGGGAUGUGCGAGCUGUCAAUAAGUUUAGCGAUCUUGUUUUUAUACACGAAUUCAAAAACGAAAACGAAGAUAAAGAUGAAGAUGACGAUGACUACGAUGACGGUUACUAUGAUGAACGCAUGAUCCUCGCUAAAGUUGUAAGCUUCGAAAGUCGUCCGGAUUGUCCCGACCCCGACUCUCGUCGUCUAAGUUCGUGGAUUCCUUGCCUUGAGCUGUACGAUAUGGAUAAAGUUAACAUUAGGGACAAAUUCAUAAAAUCGCAACUGGCUCGACCCAGCGAAGAGGUCUUUUCGGCAACGUAUUCCGCGUCAACUUUGGCCAAAGGCAAAUUUCCGCUUAUUCCACUUAUACCAGAUACAUACCAUCUUGAUUAAACAUUAUUUUAUUGAUGAACCAAUUUCAAUUUGAAGAAGUGAUUGAAUUAAUGAUCAAGAGAGGACCAGCCGAUCGAAAAAAAUAAGAAAUGCCAAUAGAGGACCAAAAGAGACAGUUUCCUAAUCAGUAAAAUAGGAAUAUUAAUUAUAUUAAUAUCAGUAAUAAUAUUAGUAUCAUAUAUUAGUAUAAAUA